CGCCUGCCUUGCUCUCUUUGCCAUUGUCUCGGACGCUAGAACGUCGCCACUUCCACCGUUCUAUCCCCAGACCACCUACUAAGCUAAGAACCAUGAGGGAGAUCGUCCACAUCCAAGCCGGUCAGUGUGGCAACCAGAUCGGAGCUAAGUUCUGGGAGGUGAUCAGCGACGAGCAUGGAAUUGAUCCAACAGGGACAUACCACGGAGACAGCGACCUGCAGCUGGACAGGAUCAGCGUCUACUAUAAUGAGGCAACAGGUGGAAAAUAUGUCCCGCGUGCCAUUCUCGUCGAUCUGGAGCCAGGAACAAUGGACUCUGUCCGAUCCGGCCCCUUCGGACAGAUAUUCAGGCCCGACAACUUUGUCUUUGGACAAAGCGGUGCCGGCAACAACUGGGCUAAGGGCCACUACACAGAGGGAGCUGAGCUGGUAGACUCUGUGUUAGAUGUAGUGAGGAAGGAAGCAGAGAGCUGCGACUGCCUUCAGGGCUUCCAGCUCACACACUCAUUGGGCGGUGGGACAGGCUCUGGUAUGGGCACACUGCUCAUCAGCAAAAUCCGUGAGGAGUACCCUGACCGUAUCAUGAACACCUUCAGUGUUGUGCCCUCACCCAAGGUGUCAGACACCGUAGUGGAGCCAUACAACGCCACACUCUCUGUGCAUCAACUGGUUGAGAACACAGAUGAGACCUACUGUAUCGACAACGAGGCCCUCUACGAUAUCUGCUUCCGCACCCUGAAGUUGACAACCCCAACCUAUGGAGAUCUAAAUCACUUGGUCAGCGCAACGAUGAGCGGAGUCACCACCUGCUUACGUUUCCCAGGUCAACUCAAUGCUGACCUCCGUAAACUGGCAGUCAACAUGGUCCCCUUCCCACGUCUCCACUUUUUCAUGCCAGGAUUCGCCCCACUGACCAGCCGAGGCAGCCAGCAGUACCGUGCACUAACUGUGCCCGAGCUCACUCAGCAAGUGUUCGAUGCAAAGAACAUGAUGGCUGCCUGUGACCCACGACACGGCCGAUACCUGACCGUGGCUGCAGUAUUCCGUGGACGCAUGUCCAUGAAGGAGGUUGACGAGCAGAUGCUGAAUGUCCAGAACAAGAACAGCAGCUACUUCGUAGAAUGGAUCCCCAACAAUGUCAAGACGGCUGUGUGUGACAUCCCGCCACGUGGCCUUAAGAUGGCAGUCACCUUCAUCGGCAACAGCACUGCCAUCCAGGAGCUGUUCAAGCGUAUCUCGGAGCAGUUUACUGCCAUGUUCCGCCGCAAGGCUUUCCUCCAUUGGUACACAGGAGAAGGUAUGGACGAAAUGGAGUUCACAGAGGCAGAAAGCAACAUGAACGACCUGGUCUCCGAAUACCAGCAGUACCAAGACGCUACAGCAGAGGAAGAAGAAGAUUUCAACGAAGAAGCUGAAGAGGAGGCUUAAAUCUCUCCCAACACAACCAUUACUCCUUCUCUUCUUCCUCAUCUUUCCUCCUCCUUCAUUCCCAGGCUGAUAAAAGAAAAAGAGUCCUUACUGAAGUUUAGCAUUUGUUUUUUUUUCUCUUCCAUCCUUUCCCAUUUUUUCAAUGUGUUACUCUUCUGUUCCUCUAUCCCUUCUCUAUCUUUGUUGCUUCAGUCAGGUCGAUAGUCAAAGAGGGUAGGUCUUAAGUGGAUUCCACCUCUGUACUAAGGUUAUCAGGUUGGUCUUCAGAGUUGGCUUUCGGUUGAUAGGCCUCAGUAGGUUCCUUCAAUAACAGGUAAAGAUUAAUCACCACCUAAAGUUGCUUCAAACUCAGCCUACGACUUCCACAAAGUCCUCAACCUUUUUGUUGCUGAGUGCUGGUCUCUGCAGCCACAAAUGGGUUUAGUAAAAAGUCUCUUGUUGCGCCCUGGUCAUAUGUUUCAGCUCUUCUAGACGCCAUAUCUGUGGUGGCUACUUUGUCCUUUUUAAUGGGAGUUUUCCCUCUCCUGCUCGUUUCCCUAAGUUAUUACUGUGGACACACUUAAAAUGCACCAGUCACUGCCACUUCCCUAAUCUCCAACCAUGUGGGCAUCGUAAAAAUGUCUCCAUUUUGCUGAAUUCUGUAUAGGUCUCAAAUGCUGGCCUUAUUCGCCACGUUUGAUUAUUUAUCAACUAGGAACUGGGUUCUAAACUUCUUUUAAACGUCUAUCAAAUGCACUUACUGCCCUUCAAGUUGAACAGUAUUGAUUAUCGCUGCAGAUUUCAGUAGUAUUGGCGACAUGGCUUUGAAAUCUGCAGUCUCCCUCGGCCGCCCUUGAAAUGGUCUGCAGGUAAAUAGGGAACGAUUGCAUUGUAAAAGAGAGAAAACUAUUCACUGUUAGCAAAUAGAAGGAAUUGCAGGGAAGAAGUUUUCUCAAAGUGAAAAGUGGAUGUUUAUUUUUUCUUGUAACGUUUUAUCUUCGUUCUCUUACUUUUCUUCUCUUUUGUCCCCAUGCCAUAAUAAUUUUUUAUUUUACUGUUGCUUUUUCAUAUUGAAAAGAUGACAAGCCUGUGACCGGAAAAAAAUAAAACCUUUUUUUUAACGUUU